GCGUCGCCGAAAAUACAAUCGCCUAGACGACAGUUUCGCGACGGACUCCGUCUCGAACGUUUUUAGUAGUGUCGCGUCGCGUCGCGUCGCGUCGACGUCCUUUCGUCAGCUGUUAAUAUUGUGGACGUUUGUAAACACGUGCGAACUGCUGUUUCCUGAAUGUAAGACAGCGGAAAAGCAGAGUUAGUUUUCGACUCGAUUAUAUGCAAAAUCUUAACUGGUUGUGAAAAAUUUUCUACUAUUUGCUGCACUGCAAGAGCCGAUCAAUACAAGAUAUCCAAACGAUAUUAUCGCUGCAACCCACCUACUGCGAUACCCCGUAUGCAAUUCACACAUCAUCGAUUGUUGUUACAGACGGCUGCCGGGAAUGUGUAACUUGGAUCCAUUCCAAAAACGUGAUGUACGCUUGGCUUUCAACGUCCGUACAUUUUGCUGAUUAGUCUGUUCUUUACCAACGAAGUAACCUUGUACUUUCCUUAUGAUGUCCGCAUCCCCUGAUUACAAUCGGAAUCCUUCGGUAGGUGGCCAGCUAGACGAAACAAUUAAAUUGCAAUUACGCAAACCGAAAAGUUGGAACUGGUCCCUUUCAACCUCCAAAUCGUCGCCACACAUUUCUGUACCUACAAUCCAGCUUUUUGACUCCAAAGGCGUUCUGCUUAUUGAGGCCAAGGACAACGGCAAAACAGACAAUGUUUGGACCAGCAAAGAUCACCAAUUCUAUGUCAGAAGUCAAUCGGCCGAUCAAACGAAUAAGAUACAAAAGAAAAGUGACGAUCAGCAUAACAAAAUCCAUUUUAAUUCGAACGUUAAUCUCAACAAAAGCAACGUCAGGAGCUAUUCGUCAGGAACAUUUCCAUCGUCCAUGCAAUCCACCAAUGAAGCUCCUAAACCCAAAAGGAGGAACGAAAGAAGUUUGUCGAAUCCCCAGUAUCUUCAAAAGAGAGAAUCCUUUACAAGCCUCUACGAUGAAAGGAGAGGAAGAAACAGAGAAUUGAGAUCCAGACCGUACACCGUGUCAUCUAACAAUUAUCCCCGUUUAGAGAGAAGUAGGAGCGAUGUUCUACAGAGAUACCUUAAUAGAAAGGAAUCCUCCAAAAUAGAAAACAAGCCACGGCUAAUGUACUACGAGAAGACAAAUAUCGAGGACAUCAAACGCAAGAUAAAAGAAAAUGCAGAACAAAAACAGACCGUUAAGAAGUCCAGAAGCGAAAUUUUAUCCAAAACCACCGACGAAUUUCACACAAUCAAAACGAAUUUUAACAAAAGAGCUACUCUACCGUAUUCGUUACAAUUUACGGAAAAAAGAUUGCAAAGUAACGACCCCUUCCAACGGAAAAUGAAAUAUGUGGAAGCAAGUGCAAAACGGGCUUUGGAAGACGGCUACAGUAGAUUUAUAACUCCCCAUCUCUUCAGCAGUAAGAGCAUGCACAACAUGAUUUGCAGAAAGAACACACCUCCUCCACAAGACAAUCCAAAAAUGGACCAAGAUAGCUCAGAAAGUGACAGAUGGACAACAAGAACCUCUUUUGCCGGAACACUUAUAGUACCUGAAGAAGAAGUUCCAUUGGACACUGUACAAAGAAGAAGACGUAGAGAUCGAAGAAGUGAGCCAAUAAGAAGUGCAACAAUUACGGGCUUUCUAGGUACAUGUACUCCUGAGAAAGAAAAUAUAGUCCCACCAACCAAAGUAGAGAAUGAUAACACUAAAGCUGCUUCUUUAUCAAAUACUGAUAUCGUUGAUACUUCUUCUCAGUUUAUUCAACAUAAUCAGCUAGCAAAUUCUUUGCUAAGCAAUAAAAAUCUAAACGAAACCAAAAGAAAACGAACUAAAGCAUACCAAAGAUAUCGAAGUGACCCAGGAGGGAUUCACAAUUAUCAAAAAUGGAAAGGCGAUUCAUCAGAAGAUGAUGACGAUGGUCAACUGCUACAGAUCAUUCAGAGGAGAAUACUGAGGGAGUCCCUUAUUGAUGAAAUCGUAAAAUUAGGACAAAAAUCGCCCAACGAUGAUAAUGGAAAGACAAAAAGUACUAACACUCGUAGAAAACGAGCAUACUCUAGGCAUAUUACUGAUCCAGUCGUCAGUUUAUUGUCACUUGAUAAGACCAAGAAACAAACAGAAGAAAAUGAUGUUCACUAUCUAAAAACAGUUCGGGAAGAUUUCAAAAUUAAACCGGACAGAGUUAGUAAUAAUGUACCACAAAUAUCCCCAGAUCUUAACGAAAAUAAAGAGAAUGUAAUGGCAACCUCAAAAACUGAAAUUGUUUUAGGAUCAAUGAAUAGUCAAAACGAUGAAGCCAGCUCUGGUACCGAAGAAAGCAGUAGCAGUACCGAAGAAAUGGAAGAUAAUCUGACAGAUCAGAAAUUAUGUAUUCAAAACCAAAGUGACGUUCAAUCACAAGAAUGUGAUGAAAAUAAGUCAGUAGAUAAGGAAAGCCAUGAUGAGAAAGUAGAAUCAGAGGACAAUAGUGACCAAAAUAAUGAAAAUAACAUGAAAAUUGUUGGAGAUGAAAUAUUGAAUCAAGAAAGGCAAAUAAGUGAAGAGCAAGAAGAAGAUUACAGCGAAGAAGAUGAAGAGGAAGAUGAAAGUGAAGGAGAAAAGGAAGAUAGGAAAGAAAAGGGCGAAAAUAAUAUCGAACUUGAAAUUAAAAAUGGUGAAAGUGUUGAUCAAUCUAGCGAUUCUAGCGAAAAUGAUGAAUUGGAACCAAGGAAAGAAGAUGGACCGACAUUACAAGAGGUUACCAAAAUAGCAAAAAGUAACGAAAUUAACGACACAUCCAUUAAAAAUGAUUCAAACAGUUCAACUGAAACAGAGUAUACAGAAGAGGAAAUUGAAUAUGAGGUCGACGUGGAUAGUAAUGAAGAGGAAGAAGAAGAAAUAGAAUAUGAGGUAGAGGUAGAUAGUGACGGGAAGGAGGUUGUAAGAAACGAUAUUAAAGAAAAUCAUAAUAAAACAAAUACUCAACAGAUGAGUAAAAAUGAGAAUGAAGUAAUGGAGGAAGUCGAGGAAUCCGAAGAUGGUAGCGAAGAAGUUAUAGAAGAAGAUGCAAGCGAAACGGAAGAGGAAGUAAUCUAUGAAGAAGUUGAAGAAGACGAAGAAGAAACUGCAGUGAAGCAAACUAAAGAAGAUACAACCAAUGUUGUAAACAAAAUCAACAAAACCGAUUCCGCAUCUCCUAACGAAGCUGUGACAAGUGCCAGUGACAGUGACAGUGACGACCAAAGUGACGUAUCUGACAAGAAAGGAAUACUACCUAAUAAUUCGCAAAAAUCCAUUAAAUGGGCUGAUCGGCAAAGCACUAACGUGUCAUCUAUAGGAAAAAGUGACGAAAACAGUAACUAUAUCGUGCAUCGUUCAUCUAUAGAAGAGGAGCCAUUGAUCGACAACCGACCCAAAUUGAAGCGGCAGAAAGUGAGGCGGUAUCUAGGCCAAAGGCAAAAGGAUCGCCUAUCGGAGACAGAAGUAAAGAGAAAGGCCGUUUUCAAAGAACAGACGCUCAAACACACCCCCGUCAGCGCUGCCUCUGAUUUCAGUCGUAACCCCUGUGUGGGUUUCCGUCACCCCCAGUCAUCUACAACUGACGAUUCUGAGUCUUCGGAUCAGUUCCAAAACGAGGACAUUGAUGAUAAAGAAGUGCGUCUUCAGGAGGAACAAAGAAACGUCAGUUCCGAGAGCGAGGAGGGCCAGGAACGGCUUCUUCAGCGCCAUGAUCCCCCGGAGGGCAGCAGUCGCGUCGAGGAAGUCCAGUCGCGCAUGGGGGCCAACGUAAGCCGCCAUUCGGCCAAAGGGCUCCACGGACGCCGCACGCAGUCUUCGGGCAGCAUCUGCGGCGGAGGCAAAGGACGUCGCGCGUCCGACGAAAAGGGCGGCGGCAAGGGGGUGUGCGGUAGCUUGCCCAGCUACCUUGAAGACCAAGAUACAUCAUCGCGAAACGCUGCUUGUUACAACAACAACCAGCAUCAUAGACAAAGCAGUUAUGGAAAAACUGAUAAUAGCAGAGCGCUGCCGUUGGGGGAAGCCGCCCCGCUACAUUGGAAAUUCUCCGACACCCAAACGAACCUGUGCGACCAGGGUUACGGUUCAGAGAGGUCACCUGAAGAAGAACAGCCACCGUCGUUAUUGGAAAACCAAAACGCGGACGGUUAUGACCAAUGUCAUCGGCAUCUAGAUCCUUAUUCGUGUUAUCCUUUCAUAACACCAGAUAGCACGUUUGAAGUGUCGUUGGUGAAAGGAUCUAGAGGUCUCGGUCUGAGUGUAACAGGAGGCACCGACAGCGGAGGGUCAUGGCCGGGAUUAAUAAGGAUUAAAAGACUAUUCCCGUUACAACCGGCAGCCGCCUGUGGACUUUUACAUGUUGGAGACCUACUGCUCGAAGUCAACGGCAUCUCUUUGAUAGGCCUAACGAAUUACGAAGCGCUGGAAGUCCUGCGGACAACGCCAAACCACGUCGACUUACGAGUAUGUCGACCUCCUGCCGACGUACUAAAUUGCGUCAGCCCCAUUUCCGAAGUUCCUCCCCCGCCCCCGCGGCGAGAUCUACCUUCUAGUCUAAGCUUAUCACCACCCCCCAACCAGUUCUUCCUUGACGAUGAAAUGUUCACUGGGCAAUUCGACAUCACAAUGACUAAGAUCCAGGGCUCGCUGGGAUUCACGUUACGCAAAGAAGAUGACAGCGCCCUGGGGCACUACGUCAGGGCUCUGGUUAGAGAACCAGCCCUUUCCGACGGCAGGAUACAACCAGGAGAUAAAAUAAUCGCGGUUAACGACGUCGAAAUAUCGGCAAUGUCUCACGAACAAGCCGUUCAGUUCCUACGCCAAGCCGGAGACGUUGUUAAAUUAAGACUUUACAGGGAUUCCGCACAGACGCCCGUCUCGACGUUAUCGCCUAACGAAACGACACCGAGGACUUCUUUUAUAAAGAAGGCGCAUCUGAGACAAGAGGCCGUAGAUAUGCUGAAUGACAUAGCAUUACGUAAAAUAAGCAACCAAGACAUUUACUGUUUGUCGCCGACUUCGUCGCCCCGAAGAAUCCGGAGACAGAUGUUCCCGUCAAACGCUUCGCAAAUCACCGAUCCCGCGGACCGUUACAUAGCUGACGACGACCAAUUUCACGAGGCGUUCCUAAAAAAAUCCAACAAACUCGAAGACGACCCCUUCAGUUCCUUGUUUACCACAUCCGACUGCAGCGACAAACCUUCGCGUCCAAAUUCCUUGGAUUUGUGCAACUCCAAAGGCACGCCGGUCAUCACCCGAAAACCCAAAUUCAAUUUCUCCCUCGCGCACAAUGCGUACGAAUUAAACAAUUUAGAUGCCGAUAUCCUGGACGCGCCCAAUUUAGCCUACACGCUCAAGGAUAACGUCGAAAGCGCGGAGAUAGAGAGCACCGAUAGCUUCCCCCAGGAACCCGUCAGCAUGCCACAUAUCCCCGUAGAUAAUCCGGAAUUUAGUCAUAAGAAUCCCGCCUACCAGUCUGCUCAUCCCCAAUGCGGUACCGAAACUCCCAGUGGCGGAACGACCGAGUCCGACAAGGAGGCUAAAAAAUCGGAAGGAAAGAUGCAAAAAUGGAAGGGGGUUGUUUUUGAUGCCGAUGGAAAGACGAAAAAGGAGACACCGGAAAUUGCCCAAAACACAAAUGACACUAGUAAAGAGGAAUCUGAACAAAUCCUCGCGAUAGAACUGAAUAGGGGUUGGAACAGUAGGUUAGGAUUCAGUCUUCAGGGAACAACGGGAAACACUUUUGUUAGCGCCGUUCAUUCGAACAGUGUGGCAGCCAAGGAUGGGCGAUUAAGGGCGGGUGAUCGUGUUAUAAAGGUCAAUGACGAAAGUGUAGAAAAUAUGAACACUAAUGAUAUAAUUGAUUUAUUAAGAAUAGUUCGAGGUCCAGUUUGUAUUGUAGUAUCCAGAAAAAUACCAAAACAAGACUGUAAAAAUAGAAGCAAUGCUGAGAAUUGAAACGUGUAGUACAAGAUAACAUAUUCUAAGAGCGUUUGUCAAAAGUGCUGUCUUGUUUUUCAUCUUUUACCUAUUGUUUAUUACUCGACUAAAAUGUAAAAAUAUCCACAUUAUUCCCAAAAUCGUGUAUAUACACUAAACUUGUGAUAGAAUCAAAGAAAAAAAAUAAUCUUCAUUAUACAUAAUCUUAAACGCUUGUUAAUUUUUCAAAUUAUUUAUUAACGCGUUUUUGAACAAUUAAAUGUUUCUAAUGAUACGUUUUUUAUAUUCGUUUUACUAAUAAAUUGUCAAAUUUUACUGUAUCGUAUAAUUCAUUCUUCCUUAAUGCUAAUAGUCAAUAAAAUUGAUCCCUAUUUGAUAAGAAAUUACCACGUUAUUGUAAUUAUUAUUAUUAUCAUCUAUUAUUUAGAACAAAUAUUGUAAAACAUUGAUUCAAAAGACUAAUCAGAUGGUGAUGUAAACCUCAAGAAGUCUAUGAUGGUCUAGGCAAAAUGUUAAACUGAAUGAAAUAAUUAAAUAUGAAAAAGGCACAAGGACCUUGCUUUGUUACUUGUGGAACUACAAAAUAUUUUUAUCUAAAAUUGAACAUAAUGGUAAUAUUGUUGGGUUAUAUAUUAGAAUUACAGUUCUACCUUUGUAAAUUUUAAUUAAAUUAUUAUACUUUUCAAUUAAGAAUAUUCUCAUUCCGGCCUAGGCCUUUGAAAGAACUCAGGAUUCGUGUUGCCAACAAUUUGUCUGGACUAAAUCUAUUAUAAGUACCUAGUGUCGUUUUAGAAUAAAUAAUAAUAGAUAAAUAGACAAAAAAAAUUGGUUGGGCUCCUUUCAAGAGCGAAAAAUUAGUAAGCUCGAUUUCCGGCUAGAUUUAUUAUCGUUCAAAAUCGUUAAACUAAUAUACAUACAUAAUGUAAUGUAAAGAGUUGUAAAUAAUAUUCUAAAGUCAUGCCUAUUGAAAUAUUUGUUAUUUUAUAAUGACUUUAAAAGUAUAUGAUGAUGUACCAUAUUGAUAAGAUUUACCCUAAGAUGGCGGAGCAUUUCGGAUUACGUCUAAAAAGAUGAAUACCUAUGAUAUAAUAUUGUGUUCGUUAUAACACGUAAUUUUAAUUUUUAUGUUGUUUCCUAAGAGCGAUUUCUGUACCUAGUUUUAUGUUGCGAAUUUAAACCAAAGAAAGUUAAUAAAUGCUGUUAAUUCCCUAA